UUCACCCGCCGUUUCCGCAGCAACAGGGAAAAGAUGGCAGCCCUCGCGACCCUCACUCAGCUGUCAACCGGGAACCCUGUAUAUGAGAGCUUUUACAGACAAGUGGACCCAGGAAACACCGGGAGGGUUGGACCUACAGAGGCUGCCUUGUUUUUGAAGAAAUCGGGCCUGCCUGACAUCACUUUAGGAAAGAUCUGGGAUUUAGCUGAUCCGGAUGGCAAGGGUUUCUUGGAUAAACAGGGAUUUUACGUCGCUCUUCGUCUCGUGGCCUGUGCGCAGAGUGGGCACGACAUCAGCAUUUCCAGUCUGAACCUCCCCGUUCCCCCGCCGAAAUUCAAGGACCACAGUAGCCCGUCACUGAGCGCUGUUGCAUCAACCAAUGAGAGCCACUGGGCGGUGCGGCCUGAAGAGAAGAACAAAUUCGAUGGUAUUUUUGAAAGCCUUGCCCCGGUGAACGGAUUGCUGUCCGGUGAGAAGGUCAAACCAGUCCUGAUAAACUCCAAACUUCCCGUGGAUGUGCUGGGAAAGGUGUGGGAUUUGAGUGACAUAGACAAAGACGGACACUUGGACAAAGAUGAGUUUGCAGUGGCGAUGCAUCUGGUGUACCGUGCUCUGGAGAAGGAGCCUGUUCCCUCAGUCCUGCCCUCCUCUCUCAUCCCUCCAUCCAAAAGGAAGAAGUCUUCAGGGUCCUUGUCCAGCAUGGUGCCGGUGUUACCCGGCAGCCCCCCGCCUCCUAAAGACAGCCUGCGCUCCACCCCGUCUCACGGCAGCAUGAAUUCCCUAAACAGCGCUGGGAGUUUGUCCCCGAAACACACCAUUAAAUCCUCACAGCAUUCGGUAAACUGGGUGGUGCCAGUCGCAGACAGAGGGCGCUAUGACGACAUCUUUCUCAAAACAGACACUGAUCUUGACGGCUUCGUCAGCGGCCAAGAAGUUAAAGACAUCUUCAUGCAGUCUGGUCUUCAUCAGAACCUCCUGGCUCACAUUUGGGCUUUGGCGGACACCAGGCAAAUGGGCAAACUCACGCGCGAGCAGUUCUCCUUAGCCAUGCAUCUCAUCCAGCUGAAAGUCAGCAAGGGCAUGGAUCCUCCGCAAGCUCUGACUGCAGACAUGAUCCCACCGUCUGAACGUGGCACACCGGGACCUAGUCUGUCUGGUUAUAUGACACCGGUGGGCUCUGACAUGGCCGCUCUGACCGAGAUGCGCCGGGACAGCUCCAGCUCCGUGGGUUCAGGCGAGUUCACCGGGAUUAAAGAACUGGAUGAUAUAAGCCAAGAGAUCGCUCACCUGCAGAGCACUCUUGCUUUCACACACUGGGAUACACUCAGGGAGAAAUACACUUUGGAACAAGACAUCAGAGAAACAGAGGAAGCCAUCAGACACAAAACCACAGAAGUUCAGGAAAUGCAGAACGAUCUGGACCGAGAGACGUCCACUCUCCAGGAACUCGAGGCGCAGAAGCAGGACGCUCAGGACCGGCUGGAGGAAAUGGACCAGCAGAAGGCAAAGCUGGAAGACAUGCUCAAUGACGUACGGCAGAAGUGCCAGGAAGAGUCGCAAAUGAUCUCAUCCCUUCAGUCCCAGAUCCACUCGCAGGAGUCGGACCUGCAGAGCCAAGAGGAAGAGCUGGGCCGAGCCAAGGCUGACCUGAACCGCCUGCAGCAGGAGGAAGCUCAGCUGGAGCAGAGUCUACAAGCGGGCAGGAUUCAGCUAGAAACCAUCAUCAAGUCCCUCAAAGCCACGCAGGACGAGAUCAACCAGGCUCGAAGCAAACUCUCCCAGAUCCAGGACAGCCAGCACGAGAUCAGUAAGAGCAUCGAGCAGUACAGCAGCACCCUGAACGGGACCCACGGGGGAAGCAUGACCAACCUGGCCGACAUGAGCGAAGGCUUUCCAGAGAAGGAGAACGGUGGUUUCGGGGCCAUGGAAGACCCUUUCAAGGUGAAGCCCACGGUGUUCAACAGCGCCCCGCAGGAGAUGCACACAGACCCCUUCCAGUCUGAAGACCCGUUUAAAACAGACCCAUUCAAAGGAGAUCCAUUCCAGAAUGAUCCUUUCUCAAAACAGACCUCCGCAGUUGCAGAUCCUUUCGGUGGAGACCCUUUCAAAGAGACCGACCCAUUUAGGACCUCCUCUGAAGAUUUCUUCAAGAAACCCGCUAAGCCAGACCCCUUCAGCAACACCGACCCUUUCAGCAAAAGUGCAACACUUCCCUCAAAGAGUCAUCAUUUUUCAAGUAAUGACCCUUUCAGCUCCACCAGCCCCAAACCUAAAGGCCCAGAUUUCUUCGGUACUCUGGACCCAUUCGGAAGCAGUUCGUUUGGCAGCAACAGCGGAUUUGCAGACUUCAGCCAAAUGUCAAAGGGCUUUGUAGACGACCCCUUCAGCCGGAAACAAGACAUGCCAGCUCUCCCGCCCAAGAAAAGCAUACCGCCACGACCCAAACCACCCAGCGGUAAAAGCACUCCAGUAAACGUGCCCGGAUCCGCCGAUUCGGCCAAGACGAGCGAUCCUUUCCAGCCCUUCAGUGCCGACCCCGCUGAUCCGUUUCAGAGUAAAAAGGGGGUGGGAGACCCGUUUAGUGGCAAAGACCCAUUUGCUCCAUCUGCCUCAAGUAAAGCCUCUAAAGACUCUUCAUUGGGUUUUGCAGACUUCAGCUCUUUUGGGAAUGAAGCCCAGCAGAUGGAGUGGGCGAAGCGGGAAAGCGAGAGAGCAGAACGAGAGCGGCUGAAGAGGCUCCGCCAGCAGGAACAGGAAGACCUGGAACUGGCCAUCGCUCUCAGCAAAGCCGAGAUGUCCAACGCCUGACCGCCUUCCCCCUCAGCUCCACCCCUCUGUACACUACAGCGACGAUUGUGUGCGUGCGUGAUGGACCAAGAUAAAACACAUGCAAGACCGUUAAACCUCUGUCCUUUUGUGUUCAUGUGCAGGAGGGCGGCCUAUGGUUUGUGACUCAGCUAAUUCACUUCACAUGCACUGCAUUAACCUCUCAGAUGGACUAUAUAGUUUAUUUAAAGUGUAUUUGUGUGUGUAAAUGUGCAUCGACAGAGCCAUGGACAUUCGAAGACCGUUAUCGGUCUCUGCAGAUCAUAAUCUCCGCUGGUUGGGAAAAAAAGGGACUGAGAAACGGCUAAGAAAGUUGUUUAGAUCCCAGGUAGGGUCGAACCAGAAACUUGAAUUACCGAGGCUACACUCCCUCCCUCGAGCCCUUGAGCAAGGCACUUAAUUCCAGGUUUCUUCCUGAACUUAAUUGCUGUGAGCGUACUGUAAGUCGAUUUGGAUAAAGAGCAUCUGCUAAAUAAUAACUUUUACUGGCUCUGGCUGCAGUCAGUACGGUACACACUGGAAUUACAGCAGCGCCUGCAGACUAAACGUCUGUAGGGAGCUCUUGACAUGACGUAAAGCUGAACGAACGGCAGUAUGGUUCUGGAAGUGUCGUUUUAAAGAGCUGUUCGAUUCAGAAGUGAACUUGUUUUUUUAUUUCUGUACUGUUCGGUUUUUAUUUCAGUACUGUUCAGAGAAGAAGGUUAAGCAAAGCUUCUACAACUGCACUGAUUUUAGUUAGUUUUUAAUUUUUUUUCCCCCCAUUUUAAAAGAUUCAGCUCAUUGACACCACUGCAGGACUCAACAGUAAGGAUUUUAUUUGCGAGAAAUAUUUUAUUUAAAACAUUUUCUCGUAUUAAUCGUUCUAUGUAUCAUUUAGCGAUUGUUUUAUCUAUCAUUCUAUUUAUUGAUCUCUUUAUUGUUUGUUGUAUUGUGUAUCGUUCAUUCUUUUGUUCUGUAGGUUCUUUUUGUUCAUUCUCUUUUUUUUUUUUUUUCGUUUGUUUGAUUCUGUCCUUCAGUCAACUCUUCAUUUGCUCGUCCUGUCAGUUCACUGUGGACUGAUGUACAAGAUCAACAAAUCUUGUACAUCGGUCUUGUACAAAUCUUGAGAUUGUCGUUGGCCUCAAACACGUUCGUACCUUUCAUUGAGUUCUGCACUGUGGUAUAAAAUUUGUUUGCAUAAAUAAACAAGCACCUGUACGAGGGAAGAGAUAAAUAUCUACAUUUUUUUUUUUUACUAUUUAGAUUUUCAUCUUUAAUUUGUCGCUGAUUUUGUAUCGGCAUAAUCUCCAUAAACCCUGCCGUUGUGCUAUUUAGUAAUAUCGCUUUGAACCUGUUAAUAGGCCCAGAUGGAAUGUGUUAAACUCUUUCACGCUUCAAGGCAAAUAUCCUCAGAACAGCUUCAAUGUGUUAAAAUGUUAAACAGAGUGGGGAUUACUAAACACCUGUUGGUCGCUGAAAGCACAGUCGGUUUAGACUAAAUUAACGUAAAUUGGCAACGUACAUUUUCUUUGUUUUAGUUUUUUGCGAAUUCUGGCGCAGUAGAUACUUUUUAAAAACAGCCAAUGGUUUAUUGAUUGCUUAGCUCUAAUUUUGGUGACCACAGCGUUUUGGUGAUGGUACUUCCCGGCACAUUUCAAACCUGUUUUUGAACGAUUUAAAUUUCGUACUACGUAACAAUACAUUUUUUUUGUGUGUGUGUGUGUUAUGUACCUUCUGCUGUUUUUUAUUAUUAUAUAUUUUUUUCUGGUACUAUAAUUGUUUGGGGUUUUUUUUCUAACUCGGAUCGUUGGAAUAGCCAUUUUUUGUCGGUCAUUACAGGUAAAAUUGACGUGCAUAAUGAUUGACGCUCAUCUCCAACAUUGUGGACACAAAUGUUGUGCAAUGUUAAGACAAACAACUGUGACAUAUCCCAGUACACUGCUACGUCAUCACUCUGUCUUUUUUUUUUUUUUUUUUUUUAGUUUUUUUUUUUUUUUUUUUUUUUUUUUUUUUUUUCUUUUCUUUGCUUUCAAUCAGCUUGUGUUGUUUUGACCGCAAAUACACUUUUUUGGUCAUGUUAGUGUCACACUAAACAGUGUUACUUUAUUCAAAAUAUGUAAAAUGUAUUCGAUGGAGCCUAGCUCACACUGAAACUCAUGCGGUGCUUCUUGAACCAAUUUGUGAUUCCAGUACUACACUAAUCUACAGUCAGUUGAGCGUUUUAACAAAACCGAUUAUCUUUAGGACUUGAAUCAAAAGCUGUUGUGUCCUAGACGCAGAUAAAGUCAAUUCCUGGCCGAUUUAAGUGUUUUAUGCUGUAACGUAAGUCGGGAACGGGCUUAUUUCAUGUGUAGGGGUUUGGCAUUUCUGCCUUUUACUGUUACAAAAAUAACAAACGGAAUAAACUUCGCAAACAUUUUGUUAGCGCUCCUGUUAUGCUGUAUUUGUCCUCUAUACCUCCUUUGUGCAAUAGUUUGUAUAUUUUAUUUGUUGUAAUAACUGUAAAUUCAUUUCAUUUUUUCAUAUCCUGUUUUAUUAUCCAUGUUUUGUCUUUUUUAUUAAUGAAAGUGUUUUUUUGUUGUUGUUGUUGUUCUUUUUAUAGUUAGAACACUUCCCAUAAAACUCAAGCUGAACGCAUUCCUUUUUGGCCUGCCUUUAACCCUCGCCUGUGUAGAUAAGACAGAUAUUAACCCGAUAGAGAAAUGCAUAAGAGUACACAUAAACCAUGUAUAUUAUGUGUUAUAUUUGUCCUAUGAAACUGAGUAACUGCACAUGUGUAACUCUAAACAUUUUAAGGAUUUCAGACUGCAUUGAUUAGUGAUUUAGUGAUGCUUGGAUUCCUUUGGAAAUGUACAUGCUCCGUAUGUUGUCCCUUGAUUUCACAGAAUAAACAAGAUAACAUUUCA